CGGGAGAAGCCGAUGACCGGCCUUGCCAGCCCUGGGCUUCUGACGCCUCGUGUCUCGCCUGGCCUUCCUGGGUCCGAGGCCCCGAAGGCAGCGCGCUGAGGAGGAAGAGCCCUGAGCUGGGGUCCGGGAGACCUGGAUCUGAGGCCCAGCUCUGCCAGUAGCAAGGUGUUGUGACCUUAGGCCUCAGACUUCUGAGCUUCUAACAUUGGGGGAGCUGAAGUUACGAUCUCUGAGGGUUCCUGGUAGCAAAGAACAAAAGCCUGGAGGUGCUUGAACCCCCAGGUUGUAAUUUUGAGCCUAUGCCUGAACUUCCAAGGUGUUGAGUUGGUAUGAUUGAGUAUUUUCUCAAACUUGCCAAAUUGGAAGAACCAUUCCAAGAUGCUUGCUUGUUAUAAAACGAUACCCUGGUAUACCUGGAGAGUUGAUUCAGUAUGUCUGGGUACUGUUCAGAAUUUUAACAAGUGUCCCAAGUGAUCGGUAGGAUCUGCAAGUUUGGGAAAGGCUGGAGUCACUUAUUCUGACGUUGAGUGCAAAGCUCUGGGUGGCACAGGGAGGUGGUGGCCUAGUCACUAAACAGGAAUGUGAAUGCACAUUGCCUCACUGGGGUAGCAUCAAACCAAAACAACCCAAACCCUCGCUGUUGAAUCGAUUCUGACUCAAAGCAACCCUAUAGGAUGGAGUAGAACUGCCCCAUGCACUUCAGUCAGCUCAUUUUAAUUAAUACUCUCCUUUCUGACAAAUAAUUGUCAGUAUUCUCAGAAUUUUUUAUGCACCUAACUUAAAAGGAUUAGAUCCUUUUCUUGAACUGAAGCCCAAACUUGAACCUUAUUUUUUUCUUUUGACCACCUUCAUCCUUAUAAGGGGCCCAGUGCCUCAAGACUGGAUGUUUACGGGGUACCUGAAAAAUAAACAAGUGUAUCUUCAGAAAGUAUUGAGGCAUCUGCUUUUACGGUCUUCAGUAGCAUUUUAGAAGAGUGUGUGUGUGCAGUAGUCAGAGUUGGAGAGGUGCCUAACAAGGCCAGUGACGUGGCAAUGCCUCCUUCUACACCACCUCUUUUUAGAUGUUAAACCGGGCUCUAAGUCACAGCUUCUAAAAAUGUUGACUUAGGUGCCAGACAUUUUCUUCUUAUCGUUUUUUCAGAAAGAGAUUCACAACACCAUCACAAAACUCACAUGAUGAAAAGUAUCAUACUUUGGCUUUGAGGUACUUAAAUGAGCAUUGUCUCCCAUUUUAUUUGGAAGAUGCCUACUGAAAGUGGUGGCUCUGUGUGUUCUUUGAGGGUUAAUGUUUCAUAAAUGCAUUUUAUGAGCUCCUGCUUACCAUAAGAAUAUUACAUUUGGGGAAUAUGCAGCGCAAAGCAUUUUAGAUUCUUCUAAUUUACUGACAUAAGCCCACCAGAGUGCUGUCCAAGAUGUCGUAAAGUGCAGCUCUUAUACUGGAUGAUGCUAAUACUGAAAAUGAAGCUUCACAUCACUCCCUGGAGAGUCCUCCUUGCAGGCAUGGCUGAGGAGGAAGAACAGGUUUUAUAAGACUGUUUGGAGCAAAGGCAAAUAAACUGACCGCAGAAAAGUGGAGGCCCGGAGUUCUCUUAAGAACAUUAUUUUAUUGAGCUUUAUGUGCCAGACCCUGCUGAGUGCUUUACAUAUUUUUAUCUUCUUAUUUUCUUGUGACAGCAGCUUUGCAAAAUGUGGUAUUAUCCCUACAUUAUUGAUGAGAAAAUAAACUCAGAGAGGUUAAUAAUUUAGCCAUGGUCAUAUGGAAAAUCCAGUGUAGGCAGAACCCCUGUCCAUGCGUAUUCAAAACCAGUACUCCAUAAAAUUCUGCCCCAUGAAUGUUAUAGAAAAGGUCUAGACCUCUGGCUUUUUCUCUAGUUAAUAAGUAACCUUUGCCCCUUACUUUCUUCAUGAGGGUUUUUCUGUGAGUACAAAUCCAAGAUUGUAGUAGUCAGUGUUGGGCAGGGAGCUUGUCAUACCCUUCUGUUGUCCCAAGGGAGAACAUGUUCCAGCAUCAGUCUAGAAACAGGUCAUUUAUUUCUUAAAAUUUUAAUGCCCAGCAAUCCAUACUCCCGUCUGUGAUAUUGAGCCCAAGUUACUCACUUUAAAGAUUUGCAGUGGCUUUCCCUCAACAUUAUGCGACAGUUAAAAGCUUAAAAGCUUCAGUUCUUGAUUGUGAGCAUUUUAGGGAUUUAAAAACCAAAAUUAAAUGACUAAGGAAUGCUGCUUGUCUGACAACACUUGGCAUCUUUUUCCUGGUGGUUGGCAGUGGUGGCAGGAUAACAAAAGUCUGAUGUUCCACAUGGAAGGAACUAGAUAAAAAGCAUGAUAGAAGGAAAACGUAGUGGUUUUUCAUAGACCAAGGAGAGAUCUACUUUGGCUGGAACUAAGCUGUGUGAACAGGAGUGGUAGGAGAUAGAGGGGGAGCCAGAUUAUGGAGGGCCAGAAUCCAGAAGGCUAAGGAGUUUUGACUCUGCUGUAGCAAAGUAAACCUUUAGUAACUCCUUUAGAAGAUGAGUGACAAGGUCAAAGUUCUGUAGUAUUUAAGGAUUACUCCAGCUAACCUGGACAUGUUUUGUAGGCAAAGAGAAGAGACAUUUGAAUGUGAACAUAUUUAAAGAAGGAAGAGAGUACUGGACAUGGCUUAAAUUCAGUUCGAGUGUCUGUACAGGCAUAAUUAUCACUGAGUUAGCCACUUCUGGAGAAAUCACAAGUGUUCAGCAUAAGACUAAUCCAUGCCUGACUCCUCUAUUGCAACUUCUGUUUUAUUUAUUUGAGCCCUUUUAAGUCGGAAACUUGAUAGCAUUAAUGUUUAAGAAAGAAGAAGGAAGGAACUGAGUAGAAUCCUAUCUCCUGACCUCAUUUCAUUGUGAGCACAUUCUGUACUCACCUCAGUAUCAAGUGGAAGAGAAAGUUGACCCAUGGGGGAGAUUUUCCAUAGGUUAAAAGCCUGGGCUUUGCAUUCGGAUGGAUUCAAAUCCCAGCUCUUAACACUGGUUGUGUAACCUGGGCAAAGUCAACUUCUUCCGUUUCCUGGCUGUAAAAUGAGAAUAGUAUCUAAUUUAAAGCUGUUUUGAGGUUCCAGUGCGAUAAUGUAUGUAAAGUGCUUUAAACAAUCUGGCUAAUAGUAAAUGUUAAAGAUUAAGGCAUAGUAGCUAAUACUGAUCACUAUAGAUUCAAUAGAAUUGAAUUUUCACAUUUAUUUUAAUGAAAGAAGAAAUAACACGUAUUCAGUUUGCUAAAUUUAACUGUGUCAUCUUUUUAAAAAUUAAGCUUGCAGUUGAUUUAUGUCUGCCAAUUUAUUUGCCUUCUUUGCUGACUCAUAUUUUUGCCUAAUUAAUGUCUUGUUGUUUCAUAGUCUGUUCAAGCUGAGUCGUCUCCUAAAACAAAGAGGAAGUAAUUUUUCUGUCUCCAUCCCCCUUACUUGACUCUAAUCUCCUUUUCUUUACUCUGCAAGGUCAGGAUCCUCUCUCUGCCUUUUUUUGGGAAUGUUGGGAUCAUAACACCUUGAGGUAAUGGGUUCAUUUAUUCAGACUAAAGAGCCUGAAUAGCAUCUACAGUAAGAUUUUCUAAUGUUGUCAGCAGUGUUGGUGGGAGGUCUAUAUUCGGUUGUAAUUCUAAUCUUAUCUGAUAGUACCGAAUGGAUUGAACUGCACAUUUGUCUCUGCUCAAUCUUGAUUCUCCUUUGGCCAGUAGCUUUUAGGUCCAUCAGCACUGCAGGAAUGGCAGAUUUUGGGAUCUCAGCUGGCCAGUGUGUGAUCGUGGUCUGGGAUAGGUCAUCCCCAGUGAAGGCUCUGAAAGAUCUUGUGGGUAAGCUUCAAGCAUUGACUGGCAGUGAGGGCCGUGUGUCUGUGGAAAACAUCAACCAGCUGUUGCAAUCUGCCCACGAAGAAUCCAGCUUUGACAUUAUUUUGUCGGGUGUCAUUCCGGGAAGCACCACUCUGCACAGUGCUGAGAUUUUGGCUGAGAUGGCCCGGAUCCUUCGGCCUGGUGGAUGUCUUUUUCUGAAAGAGCCAGUAGAGACAGCUGUAGUCAACAAUAGCAAAGUAAAGACAGCAUCUAAACUGUGUUCAGCUCUGACUCUUUCUGGUCUUGUGGAAGUAAAAGAGCUGCAGCGGGAAUCCUUAAGCCCUGAGGGGAUACAGUCUGUCCAAGAACACCUGGGUUACCAAAGUGAUGGCCUGGUCUCUGUCCAGAUCACAGGCAAAAAACCAAACUUUGAAGUGGGGUCUUCUAGUCAGCUCAAGUUUUCCAUUGCCAAGAAGUCUCCUUCAGUGAAGCCUGCUGUGGACCCUGCCGCUGCCACGCUGUGGACACUCUCCGUCAAUGAUAUGGAGGAUGACAGCCUGGAUCUCAUUGACUCAGAUGAGCUGCUGGAGCCAGAAGACUUGAAGAAGCCAGACCCAGCUUCCCUGCGGGCUGCUUCAUGUGGAGAGGGGAAAAAGAGGAAGGCUUGUAAGAAUUGCACAUGUGGCCUUGCAGAAGAACUGGAAAAAGAGAAGUCAAAGGAACAGAAGAGUUCCCAACCCAAGUCGGCUUGUGGAAACUGCUAUCUGGGAGAUGCUUUCCGCUGUGCCAGCUGCCCCUACCUUGGGAUGCCGGCCUUCAAACCUGGGGAGAAGGUGCUUCUAAGCAACAGCAAUCUUCACGACGCCUAGGAAGGACCCAACACGGACAUACCUGUUCCUCCAGCCAAUUCCUGUCCCUCAAAUCCCACCGCUGUGGCUCCUCCCACCUGCUCUGGGUUUGCUUACUCUGUUUGAAACCCAGUUGUGGGGAGGGUUCUUAGCAGACAGAGUGAAACUGGGUGUAGGGGUGCAGUGGUAUGUAGUGCUGCUAUAUAUGAAAAUACCAAGGUAUAGUGGGGCCUGGUUACCCUGAGUGUGGGGGCCUGUUUCUUCACCUAAUAU